AUUUCAUUGGAGUUCAAGGACAGUUGAAAAAAAUAGGCAAGUUUCUAGAAUUAACGAAACGAAGCCAAAUCAAACUACUUUAUUUAUAGUUUGGACGAUAUUCGGUAAGUAGUUCAUGAUAAUUCAUUGAUUGCAAAGAAGAGAUAAAAGAUUGAACAACAAAUAAGUGAUAUUAAAAAUAAGGCAACAAGCAGGAGUUGCAUAAGGAUAUGUUGGCACGUUCUUUUACGGCGUUUUGUAUCGCAGUAAACGCAUUAAGAGCAAAUUUAUUCACCAUGGCCUGGAGAUCUUCCGGAACGACUAACGAAGAAUUGAUUAGCAAGUUAAAAGCAAAUGGAAUAAUAAAGAGUGAUAGAGUUUUUCAAGCGAUGAUUUCCGUUGAUAGAGCUAAUUUUUGUAAGAAUAAACCCUACGUUGAUUCUCCUCAGGGAAUAGGAUAUGCAGUGACUAUAAGUGCUCCUCACAUGCAUGCACAUGCGCUGGAAUUAUUAUCUGAGCAUCUGCAGGAAGGGAAACGAGCAUUAGAUGUUGGAUCAGGAAGCGGUUACUUGACAGCAUGCAUGGCAAAAUUAGUAGGAAGUACAGGAAAAGCUGUUGGCAUAGAACAUAUAGACGAGCUAGUGUCUUUGUCAAAGCAAAACUUAAAUCGAUCCCCUGAAACGCAGGAAAUGCUGGACAAUGGUCAGGCUGUUUUUGUUGUUGGCGAUGGACGUCAAGGUUAUCCCCAGUACGGUCCGUACAAUGCUAUUCAUGUCGGUGCUGCUGCUCCAACUAUUCCACAGGCAGUGAGUACAGUUAAUUGAAUUUUUUCUACCUGUAAAAAUAAACACUUCGACGAGUAAAUACUUUCUAGCUGGAAAAUCAAUUAGCUGAAGGUGGACGGCUAAUUAUACCUGUCGGACCUCGAGAUGGUCGACAAUAUUUAUACAUCAUUGAUAAAACCAACGAGGGUACAACAAACAGAAAACGCUUUCUUCCAGUUUCCUUCGUACCUUUGACUGAUAAGAAAAAACAAUACUGGCGUUAAUUUUUCUCUUUAUAAAUUAUCUCUCUUACCUUUUCUAAUUUAUAAAUUAGCAUUUCUUACAUUUAACGAAUAAAUUCUAUAUGAAACAUCAACAGUUAAUUGAGCAAUUAGCUCCUGGAGGACGCCUUAUUUUACCUGUCGGACCCGAAGGUCAUGAUCAAGAAUUAAUUCAAGUAGACAAGGAUAUGCAAGGCCAAAUAAAAAAAACAAAAUUAAUGGGAGUUAUCUAUGUUCCAUUAACCGAUAAACAAAAACAAUAUUCAAAGUGAUUUUAUAUACUUAAAUUAAAAUCUGUUGACAUAUUUUUACUAUUCACUAUUUUCUCUUAGAUCGCAAAGGAUUGACUUGUAAUAAAUAAUUUGAUGAAGAAAAACAACAACCCAGAAGAUUGAAAACCUUGUCUGCAAAAGCCGAAAAACAGAAAUAAAGAGCCAGUGAAAAAAAAAUAAAAAAUGAAGACUUUUUUAUUUUUUUUUAUAUGCUGAUUUGAUAAAUUUCUAUCUGACAUUUGAACUUUUCCCCUUAAAUAUUCAAUAAUUUGUAAAGUUAAAUAAACAACUUAAAAUUUAUCAUAAACUGAGAAUUAUUUCUUAGAGAAGAGAAGAAGGGAGAGAGAGAGAGAGAGAGAGAGACAGAUGCACGCAUACAAGAAAUAAG